GAGUGAUGGAAGUGGAGCGAUGCUGGACCUUCCGCGAGGGCAUGAAGCACUGGAAUGUCUGCGUGCAGUACUGGCUGGCCGUCAAUGUCUACAAGCUGUUUCCCAGCAAGAAGUACAGGGUUGGCAGAACGGGUGCCACUCUGCUCUGCUCGGCCUACUGGCACGGAUUCCGGCCGGGACACUAUUUCUGCAUCAUGGGCGCUCCCUUCUAUGUCUCCCUGGAGGAUAUGUGGAACAAGCUGGUGCGCAAGGAUGCCACUGGCCCGGUACGGACCGUCAUCGAUGUGCUCUUCUGGAUAUUCAAGUGGUUCGCCUUCAGCUACUUGGGCGUGGCCUUCCUGCUCUCCUCGUUCGGCAACAUUUGGCGUUUCUAUAGCUCUGUGUAUCACAUUGGAUACAUCUGCUGGGCGGCGAUGAUGGGACUCGGCUUUAUCCUCACAAACCAAAGGAAGGCAGCCGAACGUCGCAGGCAGAAGCGUGCAGCUGGUGGAGACACUGCUGCAGUGGAGGAAAAGAAAGCGCAGUGAUUUCUAUUGGAUUAGCUUUAAAAGGCAGUUCAAAUACAAAAGAAAUCACCCAAUUGUUAAGUGUUCCAUUAAGUCCAAUGGUAGAGACUGCAAACGUCUUCGCCACUACAUGGCUAAAUUUCUAUUAUAAACGACACCGAUCAAGGCACCAUUUGCUUGUUAAAGUUCUAAAGUUAUAUUCAACAAUAUCAGGCCCAACUAUGUACAUUUAUUUAACUACUUCCAUGUCUAACAGUUGAAGCCUACCUUCCGUAUGCAUAACCAUCCAUAUUUUAUCCGGGAAAAGAUGAUGAUAUUAAAUGAUAUUAGUUUGUAGAUCACAUAUGUUAACCAAAAUAAAGUGAAUCCUAAUGUAACAAAAA